CAUUUCCAGCGAAAAAACGUAACAUCCUUUCAUCCUUUUACUUAUUUACUGUGAAAAUAUUGAAGUAAAUUUAACAUCUGCGAAACUGCACAAGAGGUUUUAUUUGCAAAUAUUUAUAUCCUCAGAAUAAAGACUUGCUUCACAGUACAUGUUCCUCAGUAUUAUUGACCCUUGCAGAGAGAGACCUAUCAACCUCGUUCCCAGGACCCUCUCCUACUCGCCACGUGGACCGAGUAGAAGGGGACCCUAGGAACGAGGUUGAGAGACCUAUUUUAGAAACUAGAGAAUUUUGGAAACGCAUUUUACGCCUAGAUUGGACGGAAAAUAGUAUGAAGCACACACUCUCUCUCGUGUUUGAUGUUUCGCUUGAAGAUCAUUGGGAGUUCGCUUGUCUUGCAUUAAUUGCUUUUGUCUUCCGUUCUCUUCAAGCCGUAAUGACUUACAAGUAUUGUCAUUUAUACUCUCACUUUUAGCGUGUUCUUAUGUGUGCUUAUUGUUCUUACAGGUGUACCGUGGAAUAUUCACUGUUGGAGUCAGACUGUUGGUCACGCUUAUGAGAAAGCCCAGAAGUCAUUUCUCCGGUGCCUGUUGCGUGACUUUCAAUCCAUGUCAGCGGAUGAAUACACAAACGACUUUUGCGAUGACGGAUUGGUUAUCCUGUUCAACAUAUUUAAGGAAUGCGAGGUGAGGCGUCACUGCGCACAGGUGUCCUACCGGUUUCUUAGUGUUCCAUCAAUAGGUAGCUUAAGCAACUAAAAAAGACAGCCACGGCAAAGAGAACGAAGUCGUGCUGCUUUAAACGUUUAUUACAUAUUGUUCAUUUCUUCAAAUGUUGGCAAAGUUUUCUGGAGUAGGAUUCUAAAAGACUGUAUCGAAGUUCAAGAUAAGAAAAAAAAAGCCGUUUUCUUGUGUUCAUGUCCUCCGAAAAACGUGAAAUUAGCCAUUUUCACGUCGUAGUCUUGUAGUGACGGCUAAGAAAUCUACAAAAAAGCGUGACAUUUUUCCCGGCCUUUGUCGUCGUCGUUGCUUGAGCUCAUGAUGAGCUCCAGCGUUUGGAGCAUAGUAAGUUGUUGAACUUUAUUCUUCUCCUGUCAAUGUUUCACAUAGUUCUCUCAAAGGUCUUCCAAGUCCUAGUGUUUUUUCCAGGUGACGUAAAAAUAUCACUUGCAGAUCUCAAAUGUUUCGAACCUGAAAAGAUAACGAAUGUACAAAACUUAAACAACAUGCGAAUUUGAGUGUUGUAGUGACUGAGAGACUCAAAUGCGAGCGACAUUCGUUGGACAAAAGAAAUCGGACAAAAAGUUGGACAAAAAAUUGAAUGAAAAGAAAAUUGAACAAAAAGUUGGACAAUAAAUCGGACAAAAAAGCGGACACACUGUACCAAAGUGCGUCAAAAAACCUAUCCGAUAUGUCGACGCUUCACUUUCGAGUUCGGCACGGCCCAGCGUUGCACCGUCACAAAAAUCGCGCCGCCAAAAUCUUUGUUGUGUGUCAACAGAAACCCUAUCCAGUUAGUCUGCUACACAGCCGUUUUUAGUGUCGUCACGCAACGUGCCUCCGUUGCGUGACGACACUAAAAACGGCUGCGUAGCAGACUACUGUCCGGUAUGAUUUCGUGACGGCGCAAAAGCUAUCCUGUAUAGUGUGAAUAUAGCCUAAACAUUUCGGCCCCGUCCACACGUAUCCGGAGAUUUUUGUAUCCGCAAAUUUUUUUAUGCGGAUACACCUAGCGUGUACACUCGGUGUAAUAUGGAAAGUAUACGCGGUGUAUCCGGAUACGUGUGGACGCUCGUAUCCGUAUAUUUUUGUAUACGCUGACGUCACAGUAUCAGAACCAGUCUUAAUGCGCAUGCUCUGUUGACUAAUCCUUUGAGAUGUCCGGAUACGAAUCGGAUACGUGUGGACGGUCGUAUACGAUUCGUAUACGCUACGUGUGGACGCAGAUAUUUUUGUAUCCGCAUAAAAAAAAUUUGCGGUCAAAAAUCUCCGGAUACGUGUGGACGGGGCCUUACUGAUAUCAAUGUAGGCUCUUUUAAGAGUCUACAUUGAUAGGUUACAUUGAUAGCUGUCAUUGAUUUUAAGAGCCGACAUUGACUUAAAAGUCUUCUUUUGUUGUUUAGGAUUUUGCCCUUUCAAAAGAACUUGCUUCUGUGUUGUCAAACUGCUUUGGUAGCGAACCACUUCAAGAAAUUAAAGAACUCCCAAUUACGCAAGCGUCUAUCAGAAUAGGUAAGAACACAGGCUACCCAGUUUCAUUACAAUACAUCACGAUGACGGGAUUUUUUGACAGCGUUGGAUUGCGUACGUUCAGAGCGUCUAUUAAUGCUUGUCAAGACUAAGGAAAGCGCAAAAUUAUCUAACCCUAUUCAGUAGCCCAUAACCCGGAGCAAGCAACUUUCAUGCGCUCGUGUCACGGCGUUUUCACGGACCAGUUUAUUUUUAGAACAGUUUUGGCGCGAAUUUUGAAUAUCUUUAAAAUUUCCCGAACCAGUCAGCAAAACCUGCAUACCUAAAAAUGACAUUCUUUGCCUUUUGAUAACGUUCAGUUUUCCUUUUUGAUAAAUUAUGUUUCGAACACGCACAUAGACAUGGUGGAGAUUCUAUUUAGGCGGAAAAAAGUGCCUCGAAAUGUGUCUAAAAAUAAACUGGUCCCUAAAAACGCCGUCCCUGGUAUGGGAGUGGCUCGCUCCGGGUUAUGGGCUCCUGCCCUAUUGCAAAGAGGCGAGGCUCUUGUUUACGCGAAGACUUCCAAAACGAACAUCACACGGCCUGAUAUUUGUCGAUCAAAAGAUGUUGCUACUUCUUAGUUCCAAUCAGUAAAUCGUAGCGUGUUGAAUGAUGGGUUAGGUCUUUGAAGAUUUUGAACGUUACCAACAAAAAUACAGAGAUAGGAUCUAUUUCGUCUAACAAACAAAUAAGAAUCUUAGUAAGAGUUGCUACGGGAAUUUUAGUAAGAAUAGAUAAGAAUCUUGGCGAUACCUAAGGCAGAGCUGUACCUUUUUGAUUUUACUGGGUUGGUGCUUCCGCACUUGGAUUAUGCGGACACUAUUUGGGGAGAUCAGCCUGGCUUAACAACAGAAAUGUAACAAAUACUGGCUUUCCAAAAUUGGUUUGCCAAGAAGAUCGCGGGUGGCAAAUUGUCGUCAGCCGAGGCCCUGGCAUCGUUGAAAGGGUUUCCACUUCAUGGAAAGCGCUUUGGACAUCGAUGUCUAAAGGUUCAGAAUGCAAUCAAGGGAGAUGUUCCAGAACACUUUGAUAUUUUUUGGACCCUUUAAGUCAGUUACAUAACUAUAAUAAUAGGAAUGGUUUUCUGCCUAGACUUCCCAAGCCGCGAACGGAAUGGGGAAGACGGACUACAUAUUUUAGAGAUUUCAACAAUUGGUCUUCCCUGCCUAUUGAACUUAACAGACCAAUGCCGGACAUGAUUUUUAAGAGAAAUUUGAAUAGGUUUUUAGGCAAUUCUUCGUAGGUUAGCUUUAUGUGAGUAUUUUUAACGAAGUUCUUAAUUUUUGUGCUACUCGCUUUUAAUAUUUAAUUUUAUGAUUUUUAAUGUUAUUUUAGUUUUAGUAUUUUAUUUUUAAUAGAGAACCUUCCUUAAAACAACUUUUAGUGAUGGAGACCUCCUCUUAAAAUAUAUUAUUAUUAUUAUUAAUGCUCCACGUUCUUCGACAUGAUGAAUGACAUUAGCAUUGACAAAAAGCAGCAACGUUAUAUAAUCAAGAAAAUGAUAAAUAUAGCCAUUAGAGCAACAUAUUAUAUCUUUUGUUGUAGAAAUAGGAACUGGGAUAGCCCAGACUCAAUGCAAUUUUGAUUUUUUUUUUCUGGCUUUUGUUUUGUUUUGUUUUGUUUUGUUUUGUUUUUUUUUGUUUUUUGUUUUUUGUCUUUUUUCUUUUUAUAAGUAAUCCAAUCUCAAGCAGCAUUUGUAAAUUGCCUAUACGUAGCGAGAUUUACAAUUGUACAUUCCAAAACACAAAUAAAGUUUCCAUUAUUACCUUCAAUGAAUGUUGAAUUCGCGUGAUACUCGUACUACAAACUGCAUCAUCACUCACUAUCUGUUUCGGCUGAGCAACGAAUGUUGAACUAUAUUGAGCCGUGUAUUAUUCGCCUUAAAAAGUUGCACAUUCCUUAUAUGUACUUACAAUUUCAUACGCAGGUCCAGAUUAUAUUAACAGCCCUGAAAUGUCUGAUGUCACCUUCCUUGUUGAGGGACGACCAUUUUACGCCCACAAAAUCAUACUUGCAACAGCGUCCAAGAGGUUUAAGGUAUCUUGACGUAACUAGAAACUGAGAUCCUUUGGCCUUGUUUUCUCAGUUGAUUUAACACCCUGGUUACUGGUCUGGCCCCGGGAAGCGAACCCUUCCGCUUUGCAGUCAAACGCUCUACCGACUGAGCUCGUCCUUCGCGUUGAAAAAGGAAAACAGUGCCAUAAAAGUGAAGGUUUCAAGAUGGAGAAGGGGUUAUAAGAGAACGAAAGUUAAUUUAUUAUACCUUCAGACUGUAAUGUAGUCUGAAUUUCAGACAUCCCUUCAAGUGGCAUACACCCGAAAGGGACGUCUGUUGAUACACUGUAUUUUCUAUACCAAACAGAGCUAGCAGUAGUAAAGCGGGCACCGGCAACGAAUUAACGUUUUUUGCGCAGGUGCCCCCGAUAUAUAUUACCUGUAGUAACUGAAUAUCUUCCAGAUUAGUAUGAGUGUAGUUAAUUUCGUCAAUAGCUUUGCUUAUGAUCGAGAAGGGAAUAUGAGGAAGGUUAAGGGUGAAUCGGUCAAAUUCUAACCUUUACUUCACAUAGACAUUGAUCUUUUUCGACGUCCAAAUGGUCGUUUUGGAGGCAAUGUUAUUCGAACAUGGUCAUUCACGGUGGAAAAACACAAGAAGUCGGGAGAAUAGGUCCUUGUAUUCAUAGAGAUUAGCGACAGUCAGUGGAAAUAUUCUGGAAACAUUCAUUCGGUAUUCAAGAUUCCAAAAACGACAAUUGAGUUGUUGAGUCCAUAAGGAUAUCAUUUAUUUAUUCUACUAACCGGUAGUACUACUCCUGUGAAAUAAUAAUAAAAAAGAAUCAUGUUUACGACAAACGGCAGACUUCAAUUUCUACCAGGUGGGCAAGUUUUCCCUCAACAUGUCAUUUACUAUUCAUAAUUUCUACACAAAAAUAUGAAGUCUCAUGUCAGAUCCAUUAGUGUUGUUUGGUACAGUUUUUAUCCUUUCAUUUCCUGAUUCAUAAAAUGUCGACUUGAAUCUGACAAUAGCCGUCUGCCGUAAACGUGAUGCUGAAAAAUCUUCGUCAUCUUCUCAGCUUGUUAUUCAGUUCCUGUACAGCGGAACGGUGGACCAACCACACAACCAAACAACAAUACUGCAGGUCAGUCAAAGUUGUCCACACUUUGUCAAUUAACCCUUUAAGCCCCAAUAUCCACAUACAAAUUCUCCAGACUGUUCUCUAUACAUUUUCUUAGAGAAUUAGUUGAGAGAAUAUGAUAAAAGAUCAAAGAAUUUCCCCUUUGGGCAGAGCGAUUUUCGUAUGACCUUGAAAUGAAACGCGCGAACGAAACAGAAAACACAAACGAAAGGAAAGAGAGCGAUUUGAUUAGUUUAUUGAACGGAUACAAACGCGCGUUGCUUUUGGUUGGUUAAGCAAACACUCGGGUGAAAAAACUUCAUGCCCGAAGAACUUUCUAGAAAUCAAUCGAUACCUCACUUUGAUGUCAUACUUCUACACGAUUGGCCAGUAGAACAACGCCUUCUCCCUAUUAGCGUUUUCUUUGGCGGGAAAACUAAGAAGCCAUGUUUUGAUCUUUUCAUCCAUUGGCUGAUAAAACAAAUAACGAGUACUUACCGAAACCAUUGUUCAAGGUCAUACGGAAAUCGCUCUAUCAAUCAGUUCUCAUAAUCUUUUCCCUUGAUUAUGUACUGAUUUUGUUUGGAGAAAAUUGAUGUUGGUCACUCUUGGGACAUUGGGUUAAUUCACCUGUUACCAGGCCUUUUAUAAAAGUACUUCAUUUUUCUUUUACUAGUUGCUACAAGCUUCUCACUUCUUCAUGUUAUACGCAUUGAAGCGUCACUGCGAGCGUCUUGCUGCUGACCAUCUUUACUGUGAAAAUGUCAUGGAUACGUAUGCAAACGCCAGGGUGAGUAUAACAUUGCAGAUCAGUAGAAGAUUCUGCAAAUCUGCUCACCUACCCCUUCCCUAACGAAGUAUUUUUUUUAGGUAAAAAGGUGUUAAAAAUGGAUGAGGGGAGGGAUGGGUAGGUAGUUCCCCAGAAUCUUAUACCCUUUUGACUCUCCUGACAAAGUCGUUCAUAGCAGUGCGUUCACCGGAAUUAUACUUAUUAACACGUUUGGUCGUGCCCACUGACCAUUUUGAGGUAUAAGCCGUAAAGGUGAUGUUACACGAGAUGAUUCGCAACGACGAUUUUUAGCGCAACACAGCGUUGCAAUGUUGGAACAAUGUUGUAACUAUUCGAAACAAUGUCGCAACAAUGUUGCAACGCUGUGUCGCUCUAAAAAUCGUCGUUGCGAAUCGUGCCGUGUAACAUCACCUUAAGAGUGAUCAGCAUAAAAUUUCUCUUUGUAAUACCAAUGCUUCAUAAAACAGGGUCGUGACAAGAAUUAAGGAUAUAGCCACCAAAGGUUAAUUGAGUUGAUACUUCAACAACUUGUCCCCUCUUUUUCAAUAGGAAACGUUUUAGGGCAUCAAAUGAGAAUUUAAAUUUUGAUAUAUGAGGGGUAGUGGUAUUAAGGUUUUGCUUUGGUGAAAUUUCAGUUGUGUACUGCAGGGGAGUUACUGACCUUUUGCGAAGGUUUCAUAUUGAAAAACCUCGUGGCCAUGAUGGAUGUCAAGAACUUCAGAGAUGCUUUAUUUAACAACAAUGGUCAAGAUGUAAGUGCGCUUUAUUUUGGCGUUCAUUUUGGUAUGUACCUUUUCGUUUCCCAGUGGUGCUAAAAAAAAUUUUCACGCACUGCAUCUGCGUACAGCCGAGCGAGUAACCAAUGGGCCAUUUCUGAGUUGCACCAGUUUCAAAGCGAGGUUAAAUACGAAGCCAUUGAUGUGAAAAUGGUUUUUUAUUCUGAUGCAGAUAAAACUCAUUUUCACAAGAAAGGUUUUGUGCUUAGCCUUGUUUUGAAAGUGAGGGUUUUUUGGAAAUGGCUCGGAAAUGGCCUGUUUAUACGAGGCAUUUCCGAACUAUCAGUGAUUCUGUCCUUUACGUUUCUUUCUUUUUAGCUGCUGAAUGCCUUGAGGUCCUGUUUGGUUCACAGAAUCAAAACUCGCUGUCUAGCAAAACUCCACGGGAGGUCUUCGUUUAAAAUUUAAAAUUGCCUACAAUAAUGAGCUGCAUUCCAGUUACAUUUGAUUAUAUUCUUAACGUGCCCCGCAAAUCGUACCAUCUUUCCUUCC